CGAUGUUUCAACGAUGAAGAGGAAGGUAGAAGCUACAAACGGACUUUUCUAUCCCCGGACUGCGUCAAUGAUCUUUAACUACGCUUCUGGACCUAAAUCUACUAGGCAAUCCUCACAUUUGUCCUCCUCAUGCACGGUAUUUUCCAGCCACAUCCUCAUCUGUCGGCUCUUGUAUAAAACUACCUAAUAAGUUUCUACUAGUAGGCUCACUGGUGAUUCAAAAUACAGGAACUGCAAGAUCUAGCAGCUAGGCUGACAUCAAGUUCCUUAAACACGGCAAGAAGUAGUGCCUUGUCGUCCCUUAUUUCGCCUCCAAUCUUCAAGGGAUUGUUUUCAAUCUAUUCAUUCCUCCUUUUUCAAUCCGUCCCGACAACAUCAAACCAUCAUACGACACGAUAAUUACCAUCACAUUCAAUACCUAAGGACAGAAGGAUUCUGUAGAUAUGACGGUCGUCCAUGUUUUGGAUGACUACUACCUUGCAAUAACACUGUUGAUUACAGCUGCAUAUCAAUUGUUCUUCUUCUCGAUUGCCUUUUCUCUCAAAUUCGACAAACUUACAGGUAAGAUAUAUACAUCACCCGAGGAGUUUCCUAUCCACUAACAUUUAUUUCAGACUUUGCUGGGGGGACGAACUUCGUUGUAUUAGCUAUCAUAACGCUUGCAUUCAGUGGCCAUCACAAUGCACGCCAAAUCGUGGCCUCCCUUUUUAUCAUGAUAUGGGGGGCACGUCUUUCGGCUUUCCUAUUAUUCCGAAUUCUGAAGACUGGAAAAGAUGAUAGAUUUGAUGAUAAACGUGAAAACUUCUUCAAGUUUCUCGGAUUUUGGGUAUUUCAAAUGUUCUGGGUUUGGAUCGUCUCUUUUCCAGUCACGCUUUUGAAUUCCCCAAAAGUCACGAAAUUUCCACAGCCCUCGUUUGGAACUGCUAGUGAUAUCGCUGGAGUGAUUCUUUACGCCAUUGGUAUUGUUAUGGAGAGCGUGAGUGAUAUUCAGAAGUAUCUCUUCCGAGCUCACAACAUUGAUAAAUCGAAAAUUUGUGAUAAAGGGUUCUUCUCAUGGAGUCGACACCCAAAUUAUUUUGGAGAGAUUAUGAUUCAAUUUUGUAAGCUCCCCUUUAGCUUUUGGUUUUCUUUCGCUAAUCUCCUGUAGCUAUUUACAUGAUUGCGGUCUCUCCUGCUGCCGAAGGAUUUGUCCAUGGUGGAGCUCGCAAAGCUCUUUAUGCUUCAAUCCUUGGCCCAAUAUUUCUCACUACUCUCCUCAUGUUCGUAUCUGGCUUGACACUUCAAGAGAGACCUGGAGCCAAAAAACGAUAUGAUAAGGAUAAUCAUUGGGAGGAAUACUCUCGAUACCUGAAUCGAACGAGCAUUCUAAUUCCUUUCCCGCCUCAAAUUUACGAGAAGCUCCCUACUAUAUUGAAAAGAACAAUUUUUUUGGAAUUUCCAAUCUACGUGUUUGAUCCGGCGAAGCAUUCUGAUGUUGGUAAAGGACAACAUGGUGCAGAGGAGGGUCGUCAUUCGCAUGGAGGAGAUCGACAGAGUACUGAUGCUUUGGCUCAAUGAGUCCAAAUCCAUUUACUUUACAAAAUAUAUAAUGUCACAGAUUGCCUGUUUUGAAUGAACACGAAGAUUUAUAAUGGCGAAAACUUUACAUUGCAUUGAUUACUUUCAUUUAGAACUACCGUUUUUCAGUCGGAUUGAUAUUUGCGUCAGGACUCAGGACAGAGCUCGCAUCCCGUUACCAGCGCAACCUCUUUUCAAUAUUUAUGUAUCUGCGUAGUAGCUGGCGAUAAUUAUU